GCAAAAGAUAUCAUGGCCAUUCUCAAAUGUCAUAUAUACACCACGUUUUAUAAUUGAACAUAACCAAUUUUACAACAAAGACAACAAAACUUUUCAAAAUAUUAAAAAUACCACCAAAACAAGCGUAUGGUUAUGGCUUGGAAAAGCAAAACUAGUGGAGCUACCUCCGAUCAGCCGAGAACAACUAACCGUCCCAUAUACGAAGAUUUCCAGCCAAGGAUUGAAAAUUCCGAACAAGAGGCAGCUCACAUUGCAAUUUUCCAUGUUCCAGGUUUUGUGAAGGAGCAACUGAAGAUCACGUACGAGGAUGGUAAAAUUAGAGUCCAAGGACAGCGACCUCUUUCGAACAACAAACGGAGUCGUUUCAACCAACUUCUUCCACUCCCAGAAAACUGCAAGGAGAGCAAAAUCCAUGCCAAAUUUCACAAUGGAGUUCUUACCAUUACCAUGCCAAAGGAGGUUCUCCAAAAAACAUCGAACAUGUCUCCUAGUGAAAAGAAGCCUCCUCCUGCAGAGAAAAAAACUCAAGCAAACAUUAAUGACACGACUCCUUCCAAAACAACUGAUACUAAAGAAACUCCUUCUACUUCUGCCCCUACUCGAAAAGCUGCAGUUGCAGCUGAGGUAAGAGCACAAAUGGAUCAGAAGAAGAAUCUUCCAACAGCUACCAAUGACAUUAAUGCUGAGAAAAUAUCUCAGAAAACUUCUGCUGCAGAGAAGAAAGCAGAAAAGGGUCAGGAAGGAGUUCCUCAAACAGUUGCUACAACUGCAGAUAAAGAUGACAAACAGAGAAUUGAGAAGAAGAUGGGUGGGGUUUUGAGCCCUCAGAAAGAAACUGUUGAGACAAAGAAGCAAAAGGAUAUUCAGGAGGAAAUCAUUCCUGAACAAAGAGUGAUUGAUAGUGAAAUAAGGGAGGUAGCUUUGGUUGACUCUCAGAAACGUACGAGAGAAGAAAGUUCUCUCAAGGGAAGAGAGGAAAACCAGAAGAAGGCAAAUGAGAAUCUUGGGAAAACGGUAAAAUCUGCGAAAGUUGCAGACAGGGGUUUGGAGAAGGAAACCGAGAGUACCAAGGAAGCUAAAGAAUUAUCAGGACCCUUAGCUGGAGUAGUGAAUGUGUCAAAGAUUUUAGAUGACGGAAAGGAAGCUUUCCAGAAAUUAGUUUCAGACACUGCAAAUAAAGAAAAGUCCAAGGAGGAAGAUGGGAGAUCUACAAAUGAAAAUAAGAUGGGAGUGAAGUAUAUGGCAGAAACUGCAAAACAGACUGUGACAAAUGUAGUAAAGAGGCUAAAUGAUGACGAUGGGCAACUAUUGAUAAAUAUUGGUGCGGCAGUUCUGGUAAUUGUAGCACUUGGGGCUUAUGUUACCUACAGCUACGGGUCCUCUACAAAACACAAAAACUAGUCUUCUUAAAUUGUCAAAUUGAUUGUCUCCAUUAUAAGUUAGCCUAGCUUUCAAAAUCAACUACCAAGAAAUGUGUUCCUAAUGUUGUAACAUUUAUGUACAUAUGUUUGUCCUUAAUAAGGACAUGAAAUAAUAUACAAGUGAUUUGCUUUGGUUUUAAAA